AUGAAGCAUGACGUACCUCCAUAUAUGUUUAAAGUUUUAAUGAAUCCACUUGCAUUUGGAGUUGAAAAUAAACUAUUUUGGACAAACCCCACUGAGUGGGGAUUACCAGGCAGUUCCCACAGUUUCCCAGGCAGUCCACACUCGAGUGUCCAGUGAUUCCUCAACAAAGAUGGCCGCUGUGACACUUCCGGUUCCUGCUCCUUGCGUAUGACGUCACUUCCUCUUGACACGUUUCGUCACAUCCGGGACUUAGUCAUAAGAGAGAGCUCUCUCUUAUGACUAAGUCCCGGAUGUG